UGAGUGGAGGAUUAUACAAUAUUUAUUUCUUACUAUUGAAUUAAUAACCAUUGAAGAUGGCCGUUUAUUUAUUCAUAAUUGUGUGAACCUCAAAGAUCACAAACUUAACCCCAAUAUUUAAGGGAUCAGUACUCACUAUAUGGUUUCACCUUGGAAGGUGUUUUUGGAAGAAAAAAAUGGUUCAUCUCCAUGAGAGAUGCAAGGCUUUCUUCAACAACAGAUGGCUAGUAUUCGUUUUUGCUAUCUGGAUUCAGUCCUGCACUGGGAUUGGCUACUUAUUUGGAAGCUUUUCACCAGUGAUAAAGAGCAUAAUGGGUUACAACCAAAGGCAGCUGUCCUUAUUGGGUGUGGUUAAGACCUUGGGUGGGAGUGUUGGGUUUGUGGCUGGGAGUUUGAGUGAGAUCUUGCCUAUUUGGGGGCUUUUGCUCAUUGGGGCUCUGCAGAACUUUAUUGGGUAUGGCUUGCUUUGGCUUAUUGUCCAUCUGAAACUGUCCAGCAUGCCUUUGUGGGUGCUAUGCAUUUUUAUAUUUGUGGGAGGAAACGGAGAGACCUUCUUCAACACAGCCACUCUGGUUUCAUGUGUGCAGAACUUUCCCAAAAACCGGGGUCCUGUUGUUGGGAUACUAAAAGGAUUUGCUGGACUGAGUGCUGCAACUUUGAGUCAGGUUUAUGCCAUAUUCAAUCUCCCAGAUAAGGCAUCAUUAAUUUUUAUGGUUGCAGUUGGUCCAACAAUGGUUGUUAUUGCUUUGAUGUUCAUUGUUAGACCAGUGGAAGGUCAUAAACAAGUAAGAGCAUCUGAUGGCUCCAGCUUCUUGUUCACUUAUAGCAUUUGUCUUAUUUUGGCAGCUUAUCUGCUUGGAGUCUUGAUACUUGAGGAUAUUCUUAACUUGAGUCAAACUUUAAUCACUUUACUUGCCAUAGUACUAAUCAUUCUCAUAGUACUUCCAAUUAUAAUCCCAGUAGUAUUAGUAUUCUUCUCAAAACCACAACCUUCAUCAGAGGAGAGACUCCUAGAUAAUCCAUUACAGAGACAAGACACAAGUGAGCUCAUUCUUAGUGAGGCUGAGGAAGAAAAGUCCUCAGAACUAGAUGCACUUCCAGCUGUUGAAAGGCGCAAAAGAUUGGCUCAUCUGCAGGCUAAAUUGUUACAAGCAGCUGCUGAUGGAGCUGUGAGAGUCAAGAGCCGUAAAGGACCGCGAAGAGGAGAGAAUUUCACCUUGACACAGGCUUUGAUUAAGGCUGACUUUUUGCUUAUUUUUACCUCCCUCUUUCUAGCCUCUGGAUCCGGUAUAUCAAUUAUUGAUAACAUUGGUCAGGUUACUCAAUCACUUGGGUACACAAAUUCAAGUAUUUUCGUUUCCAUGAUCAGCAUUUGGAACUUUCUUGGCCGUGUUGGCGGUGGCUACGUAUCUGAGAUUAUAACAAGAGAUUUUGCCUAUCCAAGACCGCUGGCCAUGGCUAUAUUCCAAGUCAUUAUGGCAGUUGGGUUUUUCUACUAUGCUAUGGGAUGGCCAGGACAAAUCUAUGUACUCACUGUGUUGAUAGGACUUGGCUAUGGUGCCCACUGGGCCAUUUUGCCUGCUUCAGUUUCUGAGCUAUUUGGAUUGAAGAGUUUUGGAGCCUUGUAUAACUUCCUUACACUUUCAAAUCCUGCUGGUUCACUAAUAUUCUCAGAGGCCCUUGCUAGUGGCAUCUAUGACUAUUAUGCGGAGAAACAAGCUUCUCUCCUACUCCAAAAUCCCAUAUCAGUAGCAACAAAACCUCUUCAAGAAGACAAAUCACUCACUUGUUUGGGCUCUAUUUGUUAUUCUCUGACUUGUGGGAUCUUGUCUGGACUAUGUAUUGUUGCAGCAAUGUUGAGUUUGAUUGUUGUUUACAGAACAAGAAGAGUCUACUCCCAAUUGUAUGGAAGCUCAAACUCUCUCAUUUGAGUUUCAAAUUAAGGCUUUAGAAAAUGGUGAUUCUCUACUACACACCAGAAUAUAUGCAUGUGAACAAUCCUUAUCAUUCUUAUUAUUAACAUUCUCUUAUGUGCUCUUGUAGGAGCAUUUAUAUGUUCUUCUUCA